CGAUGAUAUACAACUAGUUUUUAUUUAGCUCGAACUGAAAAGACACGAUGACGACUGCAUGGUCUAUGGGUCCAGGCACCUAUGAAGUGCCUUUAUCUUUGUUUGCUAAAAAUCGCGAAAGACUAGCGGAAAAACUACAAAAUGGCCAAAUAGUUGUUCUACAAGGAGGUGAUAGUAUAAAUCAUUAUGACACAGAUGUGGAAUACGUUUUUAGACAGGAAUCAUAUUUCACUUGGAUAUGUGGCGUUCGAGAGCCAGGCUGCUACUUUGCAUUAGAUGUUAGCACUAAAAAAGGUCACCUAUUCGUACCGAGGUUGCCUGAUGAGUACGAAGUCUGGAUGGGGAAGCUUCUCACCUGCCAGCAGUUCAAGGAAAUAUAUGGAGUUGAAGAAGUUCAUUAUGUUGAUGAGCUUCAAGAGAUAUUGAAACAAUUGAAUCCAGAACUGCUUUUGACACUUAGUGGUCCUAACACUGAUAGUGGACUGACAGCUAAGGAAGCAGUUUUUGAAGGAAUUGAUGAAUUCAAAGUUGACAAUGAGAUAUUGUUUCCCAUUAUCGCAGAGUUACGCGUCAUAAAAACUCCCGAAGAGAUUGAAGUUAUGCGCUAUAUUUGUAAAACUUCUUCCGAAGCACAUAAAAAGGUGAUGCUUUACGCGAAGCCUGGUCGUAUGGAGUAUCAAUGCGAGUCUGUGUUCCUCGACCAUUGUUAUCGUAUCGGUGGGUGUCGGCAUGUCUCGUACACCUGUAUCUGCGGCUCAGGAGAUAACGCGGCCGUGUUGCACUACGGACAUGCAGCUGCACCCAACUGCAAGAUGAUGCACGACGGUGAUAUGUGUUUGUUCGACAUGGGCGGUAACUACGCGGGUUACGCGGCGGACAUCACGUGCUCGUUUCCUGCCAACGGCAAGUUCACUGAAGAUCAGAAGCUAAUCUACGAGGCCGUGUUGGCCGGCAGAGAUGCGGUCUUCAGGGAGGCGAGACCUGGUGUAAAAUGGCCUGACAUGCACUUGGUGGCGAACAGAGCGAUGUUGGAGCAUCUCAAACAAGGCGGUCUACUUAUAGGUGACGUCGAAGAUAUGAUAGCGGCGGGUGUGAACGGAGUGCUGCAGCCUCACGGGCUGGGUCACCUGCUGGGUCUGGACGUGCAUGAUGUGGGCGGGUACUUGUCCAGCUGCCCCGAGCGGCCUGCUGGACCCCUCGCACGACUCCGCACAGCGCGAGUCUUGUUGGCCGGCAUGGUGCUCACUGUGGAACCUGGCUGCUAUUUCAUACCCAAACUAUUGGAUAAAGCGCAGAAUGAUCCAGCUCAAGCGAGAUUCUUUAACUGGGAAGUAGUGAACAGGUUCCGAGGCUUUGGAGGUGUUCGCAUUGAAGAUGACGUGCUCAUCACUGAGAAUGGAAUCGAAGACCUUACUAGUGUUCCCAGAACGGUUACCGAAAUCGAAGAAUUCAUGGCUGAUGGUGCCAACUUUAAAUAAGUGAAACAUUAUUUUAUUAUAUAAAAAUCAUUAUAGAUAUUAUCCAUGUCAUUAUAAUGGCGUUAUGUUUUUUUUAAAUAAUUUUUACUUAUUGUUUUUUGAAAAAUAAAUAAGAUAAAUACA